AUGACGCUCAGUUUUAUGAGACACAGUGCCGGCGACAGAUCUUGGUCCCAGCGUGAUGCUACUAGACCUGCUAGACCUGAUGCCGAUGAUCUGAUCUAUCCAUCGGCUUGCGAGACACGUGGAAACGGUUUGGAGCUGUUUCGCUGCAUGCACGGCCGAGUUCGACGACGACGACGACGACGACGACGAUGA